AUGGUGGAUUUGGCCCCGGGAGAUGUCUGCGAGACCGCCUCGCUGGUGACCUUGCGCUCGGAGGAGAGCUUGGAUAGUGCACUGGUCCUGGAAGUGCCUCCGGGGCAGACAUUGGAGGUCGUUGAGGUUGGCCAGGGUCGGCGGAUCAAGGUGAAGAAUUCGCAAGGUGUGGAGGGGUGGAUCAGUUCCAAGACCAAGCUGAACGAGCCCUUGGUGAUCAAGCGGAAGAAAGAGAUGGAGGAAGCAAUGGAAGGAUGGGAACCCAAAAGCACACAUGAGGUCAAAUCAGUUGUCACAGUCCGGACCGGUGAAGCGCUGGACAGCGACGUCAUCGGAGAGUUGAAGCCAGGGGCCAUCAUCACCCUCAAGGAAUUGGGAGUUCAAAACAAGCGUCGUGCUCUCGUGGAUUCCGGAGAAGUGGUUGGUUGGAUCAGCUUGGUGACGAAGACGGGGGAGCACCUGGUGGGGAAGAAAGUUGGAGCGAGUCCAAAGGACAAGAGCAUGUUCGGUGGCGGUGGAAGCAGCGGUGCCCGGGUGAAGGACAUGCUGGAAGCCUGUCGAUGUGGAGAUUUGGAAAAACUGCAGAAGAUCGUCGAGCCUGGUACGGGAAUCAUGUCCAAGUUCUCUCAGAGGCCUUCACUCAAUGCCAGCGACAUCCGCGGGAAGACCGCCUUGAUCUUCGCUGCGAGCUACGGACACCGCGCGGUGGUUGACUACCUGCUGAACAAGUACAAGGAGAUCGAGGUGAACGCUGUGGACGAUACCGACAAGACAGCCCUCCACCAUGCAGCCAGGAGGAGUUCCACAGAUGAUGAGAGCCAGGCAGACAUCAUCAGCAGUCUCUUGAACGCCAAGGCCUACAUUGAGGCUCGGGACCACAACGGCUGCACCGCCUUGAUGUUUGCCGUGGCCAACGGAAACGAGGCCAUUACCCGACGCUUGAUCCUGGCACAGGCCAACGUGAACAACUUCGACUAUGAGAACCACUCGUGCCUGAACUAUGCCACACAGUUCAAUCAGACCAAGUUGGUGACUUUGCUGAAGAAAGCGGGUGCGAUGGAUAAGCUCAGUCUGGACGAUGAGGAGGAAGAGGACGACGGCACAGCUUCUUCUUGCAUGUCACCCAGCAGCCGCUUGCAACUGCCUCGUGGUCUACCGGAGUCCGAAACAGCCUCCUGCGCGGAGAGCAUGUCGACGGAGGCACCCGAGACGUCGCCCCUGUCGGCGGUGAGUGGAACCACUGAUGGAGAGGCGAAGAAGAAAAAGAAGAAGGUCAAGGAGGGUGAGGGUGAGGCAUCACCCAGCGAUGGCACGAAGCGUAAGACGAAGAAGGCGGAUGGCGAAACGGCAGAGAAGGGCACGAAGAAGACGAAGAAGAAGGGGAAGACACCGGCAGGCUUGGGUGAGAAGGGGCUCAUGGAGGCAGUGGCAGCACCAGAGGAUACCACCAUCACUGUGAGCGAGGAACAGCCGUGGUCCCAGCGGUGCCAGAUGGCCCCACCGAUGAGGAGUUGGCCAAGGCGGCAGAGAUCAAGAAGGAGAAGGAACGCACUCUGA